AUUUACAUCGUGACAUCGACUUAUCGAAAGCGUCAUCAUAGCUCAUACUUCAUAACGACCUGCGACAAAUCGCUUUAAAAAGUUGGCAACACUGAGUUCGAGACAAGUUCAUUUCAAUUUUCAAAAUACAGAAAUAAAAUAAAAACCCAAAAAUGCAUGACAAAUUAAAAUUAAAGUGAGUUAUUGUGCGUUAUUUUAUUGUAAUGUGAUAAAAAUGCUAAUAGCAAAUUGUUAGCAAGUAUACAGUGUGGUAAAGAUUUAUAAGAAUGCUAUGUUACGGCUUUAGUUUCUGAUUGUCUCUAAUUACCUUCGGAAGUUUUGAGUGCUGUCUAUUUAAUUUAUUUUAAUAUAUUAUCAGCCGGUCACGCUCUUGAUUUGUCUAUUAAUUAAAUUGUUUUUUAAUGUGAUACGGUGUGUUGCGGUAUUUGUUAUCCAUCUGUGUCCAGUUAUGUUAAAGGUGUAAAAUUAUCUAAUAAAGUAAAGAAAAUGAGCGAAAGAAUGCCUUUCGAAAGAAGUAUAGGAAUUUGGAUGUCGGAUAAAAAAAGCCAAAAACUUAAUUGGAAAGAAUUGAAUCAUGCCUGCAACUCUCAUGGUUUCAACCUAGUCAAGUUGGAGUUGGAGAGACCAUUUGAGGAGCAAGGUAGAAUAGAUGUUUUGCUGCACAAACUUACAGACAUAAUAGCUGCCGCUGAUCAAGGUGACGUGAAGGCUUUAAUCAACAUACGACGCUUGGAACAGUAUUUAUCUAAUCAUCCUAAUAUAACCGUCAUUGACCCCUUGGACAACGUGAGAAUUUUAUUAAACCGUUAUUGUUAUUACACCAUACUACAAGAAGAAGCGUCAUUCGAAAACCAGGGUAUAUACACACCAGCUUUUGCCGAAUUCACAACAAAUAACAUUGAACAAAACAUAGAGAUCAUGAGGCAAAGGGGGGUAAAAUUUCCCGUGAUAUGCAAACAGACUAUCGCGCAUGGCUCCAAGUCGGCACAUGAAAUGGUACUGAUCUUCAAUGAGAGAGGACUUAAUGUUUGUAAAGCACCGUGCGUGGUGCAAAGUUUUGUGAACCAUAAUGCUGUAUUGCAUAAAGUGUUUGUGGUUGGAAAUAGGUAUCACAUUUGCGAACGUCCAAGUUUAAAAAACUUCUACGCCUCCGACGACUUGGAGCCAAUUUACUACAGAACAGGGGAAGUCUGCAAGGCGGACAGCCAAUCCACAUUAUCCAUUUUAGACCCACAUGACAAGGCUGAUAGAAAAAUGACCCUCAACGAGGACAAAAUAAAGUCGAUUAUCCAAGUACUCAGAAAAAAGAUUGGGCUAAUUCUUCUCGGCUUCGACGUAGUUAUAGACAACACUACAGGUAAUCACGCGGUUAUUGAUAUUAAUGUGUUCCCAAGUUACGACAAUUUUCCUAACUUUUUCGAGCAUUUAUUAGAAUGUAUUAAUGAGAGUUUGAUAAAGUCUAACGGUGAUACUUUAGAGAGUAAUGUAGCGGAUAAUUUCGUUGGCAACUGUAGGUUAAACGGUUUGAUUAAUGUGGGCGAAGGUCGGGCUAGCUAUAGAGUAAUGGGAAUGAAUAUUAUGAACUAAUUUAUUGACAACUUCACUAUACUCGUUCUAUGUAUACCUGCUAUUCGUAAGACUGUAAGUUAGGCGUUUAUAAAGCCUGACGUCCACCCGAGGCGCGCCGAAUCUAGUCGAAACGUAUCAACCGAAAUUUACAUGACAAGCGAUUCGACUCGGCGCUCUGCAGUGCAGCGCUGAAGGUCUCAGUUCUACAGUGAAUAAUAUAUUCUUAGGUGGCGAAUUUUUGCUAUUUUAUUUGACUCAACUCGGCGAGCCUAGUGGGCGCCAGCCUUAAUAUUUUUAAAAAUACUCGCUAAAUCAAAACGAGGUCUAAGUAUAUGGGACGUAAUACUAAAAAAAAUCAAUUUGUGAUAAACUUGUCCAUAAACAUACACAGUCAUGUAUAAUUGGGAUUUUCUAUGCUUACUGAAAUUCUUAAUGGGACUAGGUUUUCAAACUUCAAAGCAAAUUAACCACAAUAUAAAUACAUUAAAGGCCUUUUUGAAUUUUAUUUUCUAAAACUAAUAUUUAAGUAUUCAUAUUUUCAUUUUUCAGUAUUGAAUGAGCCGUUAUUUGUAAAUAAUUCCAUAAGAUUAUUUUUAUUUGUUAUUAGUUAUUUAAGUGUCUUUUCGUAAACUGUGCAAAUGGCUUAGCCUAACAAAAUAUUAUUUAUCUUAGCACGACAUGUCCAGAGCUUUAACGCGACCUGUUUCUUGACGUUGAUUAUGGAAAUGCAGAUAUAAAAUAAUAUGAAAAACGCCUGUCUAUGAAAGUACGCGUAGUGACAACUGCUCCUGCUACAGAUAAGCAAUGCAAAUAAGUUAACAUAUUUUCGAUUUAACAUGCCUUCCAAACAGAACAGCUAUUACGAGGCCGCUUAAUUUUUUAAAUGUAUUUUUUCAUACUUUUUAAGUUAUAGAGCUAAACUCGGUUUACAAUAAUUAUUUAUUAAUAUACUUUUUAUAUGACAUUUAUAUAUUAUUCAAAAUAUUACAGCCGUAUUCCGACUUACGAAUUCCGACAUAACAAUUCAAAUAAUAAAUUGUCAAAAAGUGCAAUUUGUGGUAUUAAUAUCGAUUUUAUUCACCAUAAUAUAAAUGUAUGGCCAAUGGCCCUAGUUUGUACACGAUGGGCCCAGGUUUGGACUAUGCAUGGGGCCAGUGUGUACAACUACUUAUACUACCAGUGUACGUCAAUAUAACAGUCCUGUUAUAUCAUAGGUUUAACAUUUGUAUUAGGGCUAAAACAGACAGACUAUAUUAUUAUUUUUCACUGCCAAUUUAUACUGAUUCUAGUAAUAGUAUGUAAACCGAACACAUAUCAGACGCAUGUUAUAUUAUUUUUAUUGUAUGUAUUAUUAUUGUUGAUGUGCCUUUAUGAAAUGAAUUAAUCAAUUAAUCAAAAAAUAACUAAAUAGAUCUAUACUUAUUAUAGAAAAUAAAGUAGAGUUGUCUAGAUUUUCAAAGCUUUUUAUUUAUUUUAUUUGGUUUUUGUAAUUUUUUCAUCUAUUAUCAUAGUAUUAUUUUAUGCUAGUAUGCAUUAUAGCGCAUUAUAGUUGUACUGUUUUUUCGUAGUGAUGUUAAGAAACGUAAAAAGUUACGGGUCUAGGGCUAGCUUUUUAAUCUUUUUGACAAAAUAUUUUGAUUCAUAUUUAUUUAACUAUUCUGCAAUGCUGUUUUGAUUGUCAGCCAAAUUUUUCUUUUUUAUAUUAUUGUAGUGUUUUGCUUAGGUAGCGUAAAGCAAUAAAUCCAAAUGUUUAAAAAUAUUGUAAAUACUUACUAAAUUACUCAAAUUAUAAAUAAAUAGAUUUUAGUUAGGCGCAUUGCACCGUAAAUAAUAUUUUACGUAGGUUUGUACUACAGCCACUAUCUGUACAUAUACUUUACCAGAUGAUGCCCGCGACUUAUCCGCGUAAGUUUUGGUUUUAUACAAAUCCGUGGGAACUCUUUAAUUUUUCGGGGAAUCUCAAUAGUAGUGAAAUAUUAUUUAAGGCCAAAUAAAUUUUUCCCUCCUCGUUACCAAUUACAAAAUUUAAAAAAUGGGAUAAAACUAUUAGAGUGCUCACAAAAUUGUAGUGUUUAUUUAUACCAACUGUAAAACAAGUCUGGACGUCUCAUUUAUUUUUAACCCCCGACCCAAAAAGAGGGGUGUUAUAAGUUUGACGUGUGUAUCUGUGUAUCUGUCUUUGGCAUCGUAGCUCCUAAAUGAA